UGUCUGUCAAGUGUCACAGCCGUUCCCGUCGGCCGAACAGUGUUGCGAGACUCGAAUCGGUGAUUUAAUUAGGAAUAACGUACCACUUUUUUUUAGUAAAAUUGUGAAACUUUAAGCAAUAAUGACCGACAAGAAAGCGUAUCCGGUGGCACCGCAUCCACCGACCGGCUUUGUCCCCGCGCCAACGCAGCCUCCGACCUACGGUGUUGCAGGCGCCGCGCCCUACGGAGUGUUUCCCAAUCAGCCGCAGCUAUACGCGACACAAGGUCCGCCUCCGCCGACAUACGAUCAGACUCUUACGCAUCCUAUGAUGUAUCAACCGAUGUAUGGACAGGGAUAUCCUGGUGGAUACUUGGCGGGCUAUCCCACUGCGUACGGGCCACUGCAAUAUUAUCCGCCGUUGGCUGCAGCAGCGGCGUAUUAUCCUGCGGCUGCUAUGCAACCCGCUCCCGUAAGGCCCACUAUCAUGGUACCUAACGGGUUCGACGGUACUCGCUUCGACGGAAUCUCGCAGCCAGUGCUGCCGCCACCACCGCCCGGGGUGGCCGCGAACGCCGCGCAAUUGGCCGCGAUGGCCGGCCACAGUGUGGCCCUAUCGCAAAAGAAGGGCUCGUUCCUGGGAGGAGGAACAGAGGGCGGUUAUACCUUUUGGUAAACCACCUACCACCUUUCGUAACACACACACACACACACAUGACACGUAGACAGACUUAUACAUAUACAGGGAUACACACACCACACGUACACUGAAAAAUAUCCAACACACUAAGUCUGUCGGAGGCGCUGUGUCGAGACGACGAGAUCAUGUAGGCAAAUUUCCGUUAGAGCUCUGCUUUCCUCGCCACUGCCGGAGGGCAGCUUGUCGAUAUUCAUUAUAGUAUAUACCGUGUGCGCGGACCGAUCACAUACCUAUGCUCAUACACACAACAUACACAUGGAUACAAAGAGCGACACACACACACACAUAUACACGCCUACGCACACACAUUUACACAUGAUACUAAGGCAGCAACCGUGAGAGCUCCCACGCGAUUCACAUACGGCGAUAUUUGCGAUCGAUAGAAGCGAUCCAAUGAUCUCAAGGACACCGCCGCCGUCUUGGUGAUCGAUCUGCGCAUCUCAUGUACUGUUGAACUGCAGAGAAUCGUCCCGGUCGAGGAAAACUCGGACACGACGCUCGUCGAACACCCCCGAAAGCUAAUUCCUUGAAUGCUCAUCGUCCUGCGGGAAAGUUGGGAGAGCGACUCACUGCGUGAGAGUUUGCUGGAUUGCAAUCCCGAAAGCUCCGGAGCCAAAGGAUCCGCGAUACCGAAAAAAAAACGAAUAAAAUAUCUGCUGGAAUUCAUGAAUCCGAGGGAGUUCAACUAAAUUCCGCGACUGAAACUUCGAAAAAUCCGAACAACUGACAUGCCUUUAGAUUGCAAGCUCUAAUUGAAUUAUUUGAAAGAAUAAGGGAGCGUGUAAUUGACGAGGGUACAAGUUUUCCAGGAUUUAGGAUAUCGGAAAAUCUAAAGAAAAGAUGCCAAUUAAAUGAUCUCACCUUUAAUCAUCGAUCGAGUAUUUUCAAUGCGACGUAGAACGAAGAAUCCAUCAUUAAUAAGUUUCGGAGGAUUCAUGUUUUUAGCGACCCUUCUACUCCAAGGGUUCGCGGUAUCGAAGGACCCGAAGGCUCGAAGCAGCCGACGUGUAUCUCCCAAGACAAAAGACGGUUAUUACAAAAAAACGUUAUUGUGAAAGACUAGUUCGAUCAAUGAGAGGCAGGUUGCCAUUGACAAGGAACGACAAUGUCGUUGCGCUUACGAAGGCAGGAAAAACGGAAGGAUCAAGGAUACGGAGAGAUUAGGAUUCAAUCUCUCGACGAUUGUAGGAGCUCACGGGACAUAUUGCGUUGAUAUUUAUAUUUAAGUUAUUGUUAUUUAAACAAUUUAUUUGCAGACCCCUUUUAGAAACAGAAUCAUCAGUGCGACGUGUUUCGAUGAUGGAUUAAUUUUGUAUCUCGAGAGAGUGAAAGAGAGUGAGCGAAAGAGAGAGAGAGAGUGAGAGAAAGAAAGAGAGAGUGAGAGAGAGAGAGAGAGAGAGAGAGAGAGAGAGAGAGAGAGAGAGAGAGAGAGAGUAAGAAAAUAGUGGAAUGAGUUUUAUAUCAUGGAAGUGUGCAAUAAGCAUAAAUCUAUUGUAACAAUAAAGAAACGAUAUUAAUUGAAACUGUGAACUUGUUAUUACAUUGAAUGAGUGAAGGAGCGAAAGAGAGAGAGAGAGCGAAAAAAGAAGAGUGCGCGUGUAUGAAUGCGUGUGAGAGAGUGGGAGAGGAGAGAAAGAGAGAAAGAGAGCAUGAGCGAGAUAGAACAAUGAAUCGAGACGAAAAUGUACCACUGCGAUGAUCAAGUGUACCAGUUAAUAAAUGCUAUGGUCAUGCAAUUCGUUAAUCGAAAUUUGUUCUUUUUGGACGACAGAUAUGUAAAACUAAAGAGACUAGCGUCUUUGGUGUCUUUAGUUCGAUUUUUUUUAAAGAUAAGAAAAAUAUUUAAACAGGAUAAUAACGUUAUAUGUCCAUUUUUCGGCGAUCCCAGAACACCCUGUAUGAGCACGUAUCGAUUACAAUCGUCCGUAUAUAGGAAACGAAA